UUUUUAAAUUAUUUUAAUAUUAAUUUUAGAUUUAGUUAACAAUAAAAACUUACAAAAAAAAAUUUGUAAUAUAUUUAAAAAUGUUGCAUUAAAGACGAGGUGUAUGGCCAUGCGUUACUUUACACGGUCUAAAUAUGAUUUACAAUUUUGAAACGCUGAUAAUGACAACAGCUAUUCAAUAAUCACCUGCUUCGUCUUCAGCCACCGAAGUCAAACUGACCAAUCAGAGCACAGCGCGUUGAGUAAGCGAUGAGAGUGUUAGGAUCUCGUGCUCUCUCUCCAUCUCCAACUUUACACAGCGGCAGCAGGUGAACGGAGCGCGCUGUGUUCACCGGUGCAUGGAAAUAUUUUAAACCCUUUUCAAGCUGAUAUCCACACAUACUUUGAAAAUAGCGCACACUGUAAAGAGAGAAAAAAAAAACUUCCGGACAGAAUAUGUCAAAAAUCUUAACAGUCUGUGGAGUUGCCAAAUCGCUGAGCCUGGGAUGGCGUAACUGGAGAACAUCAACGAGGUUGCUCAGCUUUAAGUCUAAUGUUCAGGCUCAGACUGCACAACUGGUGCUUGAAGAUGGGACCAAGAUGAAGGGAUACUCCUUUGGCCAUGAUCUGUCUGCAGCUGGAGAGCUGGUCUUCAACACAGGGCUAGUUGGCUAUCCUGAAGCUCUGACAGACCCCAGUUACAGAGGGCAGAUCCUGACUCUCACCUACCCCAUUGUGGGAAACUAUGGCAUUCCCAACACACAGGAGCUGGAUGAGCUAGGAUUGAAGAAAAAUGUGGAGUCUGAUCGCAUUCAGGUGUCAGGAUUGCUGGUUCAGGACUACAGUGCAGAGUACAGUCACUGGAACUCUGUAAAAUCACUGGCACAGUGGCUUCAAGAGGAGAAGGUGCCAGCACUUUUUGGGAUAGAUACCAGGAUGCUGACAAAGAUCAUUAGAGACAAGGGUACCGUUUUGGGGAAGAUUGAAUUUGAUGGCCAGCCAGUGGAAAUCACAGACCCUAACCAAAGAAAUCUAGUGGCUGAGGUCUCAACCAAGGAUAUUCAAGUGUUUGGGAAAGGAAACCCAAUCAAAGUGGUUGCUGUUGACUGUGGAAUCAAGCACAACAUUAUAAGACUACUUGUCAAGCGUGGAGCAGAGGUGCAUUUAGUGCCAUGGGACCAAGACCUGAUGAGUUUGGAGUAUGACGGUCUCUUCAUUUCCAACGGCCCAGGAGAUCCUUCACUAGCAAAGACCUUGGUUCAAAAUGUUCGCAAGGUGCUGGAAAGUGACCGUCCUCAGCCAGUGUUUGGUAUUUGUAUGGGGAAUCAAAUCACAGCUCUGGCAGCUGGUGCACAGUCUUAUAAACUACCAAUGGGAAACAGAGGCCAAAACCAGCCAGUUGUGAAUGUGAUGACAGGCCAAGCUUUCAUCACAGCUCAGAAUCAUGGGUAUGGCAUAGACAGCGAGUCUCUUCCUCCAGGCUGGAGUCCUCUCUUCAUCAAUGCAAAUGAUGGAACCAAUGAGGGCAUUAUGCAUAAUACCAAACCAGUGUUCACAGCGCAGUUUCACCCUGAGGCCAAGGGAGGACCCACAGACACAGAGUUCCUGUUUGAUGCUUUCAUCUCUCUGAUAAGGAAGGGGAAGGAGGGGAGCAUCUCAUCUGUGAUGCCAAAGAAACCUGUUGUUCCUCAGAGAAUCCAGGUAUCCAAAGUGCUGGUGCUGGGGUCUGGAGGCCUGUCCAUUGGUCAGGCUGGAGAAUUUGACUACUCAGGAUCCCAGGCUGUCAAAGCAAUGAAGGAGGAAAACCUGCAAACAGUGCUGAUUAACCCCAACAUUGCCUCUGUACAAACAAACGAGGUUGGCACCAAGCAGGCAGACUCUGUGUACUUCCUGCCCGUCACUCCUGAGUUUGUGACGGAGGUGAUCAGAGUAGAGCGACCUGAUGGCAUCCUGCUCUCAAUGGGAGGACAGACGGCUCUCAACUGCGGGGUGGAGCUCUUUCAGAGUGGCGUCCUGCAGAAAUAUGGAGUGCAGGUUUUGGGCACACCUGUAGAGUCUAUCAUGGCCACUGAGGACCGGCAACUCUUUUCAGACAAACUAAUGGAGAUCAACGAAAAGAUUGCCCCCAGUAUCGCUGUUAAAACGGUGGCAGAUGCCUUGAAGGCAGCAGAGGAGAUUGGCUACCCUGUCAUGCUGAGAUCAGCUUAUGCUCUGGGUGGCCUUGGUUCAGGCCUGUGUGCUAAUAGAGAGAAGCUAGAGGACACCGCUCGCAAAGCCCUGGCCAUGAGCAAGCAGAUCCUGGUGGAAAAGUCCCUGCUGGGCUGGAAGGAAGUGGAAUAUGAGGUAGUGAGAGAUGUCGCUGAUAACUGUGUCACUGUCUGCAAUAUGGAGAACUUUGACCCCCUGGGCAUCCACACAGGUGACUCCAUUGUGGUUGCACCCAGCCAGACUCUGUCCAAUGAGGAGUACCACAUGCUGAGAGAGACCGCUAUUAAGGUGGUGCGUCAUCUGGGCAUUGUGGGAGAGUGUAAUAUCCAGUAUGCCCUGCAUCCGUCCUCUCUAGAGUACUGUAUCAUUGAGGUGAAUGCCCGCCUCUCCAGAAGUUCAGCACUGGCGUCCAAAGCUACAGGGUACCCUCUGGCAUUUGUAGCUGCUAAACUAGCACUGGGCAUUCCUCUGCCGGACAUAAAGAACGCUGUGUCGGAGCAGACCACGGCCUGUUUUGAGCCCAGUUUGGAUUACAUUGUCACCAAAAUACCUCGCUGGGAUCUUGACCGCUUCCAAGGAAUGUCUCGGGAGAUCGGCAGUGCCAUGAAGAGUGUUGGAGAGGUCAUGGCAGUUGGCCGAACCUUUGAGGAGAGCAUCCAGAAGGCUUUGCGAAUGUGCCACCCCUCAGUGGACGGCUUUGUACCACGUCUGCCUCUGAAAAGAGCCUGGGCAGAGCAGCUUGACCUGCAGCGCGAGCUUUCCAUGCCUUCAAGUACUCGUAUAUUCUCCCUUGCCCAGGCCUUGCACAGUGGUUUGACUGUUGAUCAGAUCCAUGACCUCACUGCCAUAGACAAAUGGUUCCUGCACAAACUGAGGCACAUCACUGAGAUGGAGCAGCACCUGGGUCAGUAUAACAGCACCACAGUGCCGAGAGAUCUACUUCUGAAGGCCAAGAUGGAUGGUUUCUCAGACCGACAGGUUGGCCAGGCUCUGGACAUCUCGGAGGGAGAAGCUCGGACACUGAGGCUCAACCAGAACAUCCGACCUUGGGUCAAACAGAUUGAUACACUUGCUGCUGAAUACCCCGCAGCCACCAACUAUUUGUACUGCACUUACCAUGGUCAGGAGCAUGACUUGGAUUUUAAGGAUCAUGGUAUCAUGAUUGUGGGUUGUGGUCCAUAUCACAUUGGCAGCAGUGUGGAGUUUGACUGGUGUGCCGUGUCAAGCAUUCGUGCCCUCCGACAGAUGGGCAAGCGUACAGUGGUGGUGAACCAUAACCCGGAGACGGUCAGUACGGACUUUGAUGAAUGUGACCGUCUGUACUUUGAGGAGUUAACCCUGGAGCGCAUCCUGGACAUCACACAGCAGGAGGGCUGCACAGGCUGUAUAGUAUCUGUGGGAGGGCAGAUCCCCAAUAACCUGGCCAUGCCUCUGCACUUGAAUGGGGUGAAGAUUCUGGGAACCAGUCCUCCUCAAAUUGAUCGUGCAGAAGAGAGAUCUGUAUUCUCUUCCAUACUGGAUGAUCUUGGUGUAGGCCAGGCCCCGUGGAGGGCUCUCAGCUCUCUGGAAGAUGCUGUUUCUUUUGCCAGUAAUGUGGGCUACCCUUGCCUCCUGCGGCCAUCCUACGUUCUGAGUGGCUCAGCCAUGAAUGUAGCGUAUGGUGAAGAUGAGAUGAAACGUUUCCUUGAGGAAGCCACACAGGUGUCACAGGAUCAUCCUGUGGUCAUCACCAAAUUCGUCCGUGGUGCCAGAGAAGUGGAGGUGGAUGCAGUGGCCAGAAUGGGCAAGGUGCUGGCUCAUGCUAUCACAGAGCAUGUGGAGGAUGCAGGAGUGCACUCAGGAGAUGCCACACUUAUACUGCCCACCCAGACCAUCAGCCAGGGAGCUCUGGAGAAGGUGAAGACUGCUACACAGAAAAUUGCAAAGGCGUUUGAGAUAUCAGGGCCAUUUAACACUCAAUUUUUGGUGAAAGGCAAUGAUGUAAUGGUGAUAGAGUGUAACCUGCGCGCCUCUCGAUCCUUCCCUUUCGUCUCUAAAACUAUUGGUGUGGACUUCAUUGAUGUGGCCACCAGGGUCAUGGUGGGUGAGCCAGUGGACGAGUCUCAUCUGCCCUCCCUAGAAAACCCAAUCAUUCCAGUCGACUAUGUUGGCAUUAAGGCUCCCAUGUUUUCCUGGCCUCGGUUGAGAGAAGCUGACCCCGUUCUUCGUUGUGAGAUGGCCUCCACUGGAGAGGUGGCUUGCUUUGGACCAAACAUCUAUUCUGCCUUCCUGAAGGCCAUGCUCUCUACAGGAUUCAAGCUUCCUCAGAAGGGGAUUCUCAUUGGGAUACAACAUUCUUUCAGGCCUAACUUCCUUUCCACUGCUCAUCAGCUUCAUGAGGAGGGCUUCAAGCUCUACGCCACAGAGGGUACGUCAACUUGGCUUAAUGCUAAUGAUGUUCCGACAAUCCCCGUUGCUUGGCCGAGACAUGAAACCAAUAACACCUUACCAAGCAUCAGCAGACUUAUCAGUGAAGGACACAUUGACCUAGUGGUCAACUUACCGAAUAACAACACCAAGUUUCUCAAGGACAACUUCCAGAUCCGGAGAAUGGCGGUGGAUUACGGAGUACCUCUUAUUACAAACUUCCAGGUAGUAAAGCUGUUUGCAGAAGCCAUUAGGUAUUCCAGUGACUUGGACGCCACCAGCCUGUUCCACUACCGCCAACGUGAACCCAGACUGUCGGAGAGCUCUGCAGCAUGGUUAACUUGUAACCUCUAAAACAGGAAACUCAAAACUCAAAAAGUUAGUUGAGGAGGUGUUGUCCAUCCACCGGGGGGCCAGUCGAACAGUUACAAGUAUUUUAACAAACAUGAAUCUAACUAGACAGGGCUCAACAGUAAGCUUUUUUUUGCUGGCCCAGUCAGAACACUGGCCACACUUCUUUUUUUAUAUAUUUCUAUAAUUAUUUUUUAUUUUAUUUUAUUGUAUUGUAUUGUAUUGUAUUGUAUUGUAUUGUAUUGUAUUGUA